AAAAAUAAUAUUAAUAAUAUAUAGUUUUUUCUUAUAAACAAAAUUUUUCAUUUUUUUUUUUUUUUUCCAAAAAUAAAUAAUUAAUAAAUUCUAAAGAUAAUAAAAUGGCCACUUUAAUUGACAACAGAUAUGGUAAAGCAAGAGUUCGUGUUUUAAGAGUUUUCAAGGGACCAAAUGACCAUCACAAAAUUUUCGAUUUCGAUUGUCGUGUUUUAUUAAGAGGUGACGAAUUCCAAGAAACUUAUUUAACCGGAGAUAAUAGUAAAGUUGUUGCUACCGAUACUAUGAAGAACACUGUUUAUGUUAUUGCCCAAAAAGAAGAAUUCAAGAGCUUAGAAGAAUUUGGUAUCAUUUUAGGUCGUCAUUUUAUCAAUACAUAUUCAUGGGUCAGUGGUGUCGAGGUUAGCAUGAAGGAAAAUAUGUGGCACCGUAUCGUUACAUCAAAUGGUAAACCACACGGCCAUUCAUUCACUCGUGAUAGAGAAGUUCAUACCGCUGUCGUCACUUCAACCAGAGGUAAAUCCCCAGUUGUCGUUUCCGGUAUUGAUGAUGUCCUUAUCAUGAAAACUACCCAGUCCGGUUUUGAAGGUUUCCAUCGUGACAAAUACACCUCCCUCAAAGAAACUAAAGACAGAGUUUUUGCCACUGUUGUUACUUCAAACUGGACCUAUAAUACUUUAGAUGUCGACUACACCAAAGCUUAUGAAACUCUCAAACAAUCUGUAUUUGAUAUCUUUGCCAAUACCUAUUCAAAAUCAGUUCAAGAAACCUUAUUUUUAAUUGCUAAAGAUGCCAUCGGUAAAUGCUCAGCCAUCGAACAAGUUCAUUUAUCAUUACCAAAUAAACAUGCUUUUGGUUUCGACUUCUCAAGAUUAAAUAUUGAAAAUAAGAAUGUUGUUUUCCAACCAGUCGAAGAACCAUCAGGUUUAAUUGAAGGUACCAUUAAAAGAGUUCACGCAAGAUUAUAAAAUUGUUUUUUUAGAUAAAAAUAAUUUUAUAAAAAAAAAAAAUUAAUAAAUAAAUAAAACAAUAAUUAUGUAUUCAUAGUAAAUAAAAAUUAAAAGCAUAUUAAUAAAAUAAAUGUUUAAAAUC